AUGUUGCAGAACAUAGACAGUAGGAUGAGGGACCUACCACCCAUGUGGGUAAUUGAGAUGGGAGAGUUGAUCUUGCAAGGAGCAGCAAGAAGAUGGCAAGGCCUAAUGGCAGCAGCAAUUAGGGCAAGCACAGUAGAAUAUAUGAAUGAAAGAACAAAUAUGGAAAUGACAGGGGAAGAAAGAGACAUGGUUCUGAAAUGCAUGAGAGACAUAGGCAUAAACUCUCAUCCAGAAGAACCCGAACCCCUGGAAGAUGAACAGAAAGAAACAGAAAAUGAAAACACAGAACCAGAUCAGUUAAAUAGAGAACAAGAAAAUGAGAAAGAACAAAAAGAACAAGACAAAGAAUCAGAACAUAACCAAACAGAAACUGAACAGGAGAAUGUAAUAGAACAAAACAUUGAAGCAUGCUUCCCACCUCCACCUCCUAGUAAUGAAACAGAGGAGACACCUCAAGCAGAAAAGGAAGCCUCGGAGGAAAGAGAUAAUCAUAUUGACCUACCCCAAGGGGAGAGGACAGCAGCACCCACCCACACGGGUACCCACCCACAAGAUGAGGAAAACCCAUCUAACCCCUUACCCCAAAGAGCAAAGAAAACCCCAAGUCUCACACCAGAGAAGGUGGCAACCUCACUACCCAAACCACCCACAGAACUGGAGAGAAGCUCCACAAGAGCAAGAAAAGAUACAAACAAGUCCGCUACCACAAAAAUUAUCAACAACAAAGGUUCCAUGGGCAGAACCCACACUGGAUAA